AUGUCAAACAUGUCCAGUUUCCACCCAGAAUACUUCCUUCUGAUUGGAAUUCCGGGUCUAGAGGAAGCACAUCUGCUGAUCUCCAUUCCCUUCUGCAUCAUGUACAUUGUGUCUCUGUUUGGAAAUGCCACUUUGCUGAUGGUCAUCGCCAACAAUGAAAGUCUCCACCAGCCCAUGUACAUCUUCUUGGUCAUGUUGACGGUGACGGAUCUCCUCUUGAGCUCCGCCGCUGUGCCAAAAACUCUGAGCAUAUUCUGGUUUAGUUCUCACGAGAUCCUCUUCAAUUGCUGCCUCCUCCAAAUCUUCUCCAUCCACUACCUCUUCGUGAUUGAGUCAUCCAUCAUCUUGACCAUGGCUUAUGACCGAUAUGUCGCCAUCUGCUCCCCUCUGAUGUACGCGGUCAUCGUGACGAGCUCGUUCAUACGAAGGACAGCCCUGAUAGCAAUCACAAGAGCUUUCUGUAUCAUAACUCCUCUCGUCCUGCUCCUGAACCGCCUCCCAUACCAGCAGAGCAACAUCAUUGCGCAAACCUACUGUGAACACAUGGCAAUGGCUCGAGUAGCAUCGGCAGAUGUAACCAUCAACAAUAUCUAUGGCCUUCUGGCUGCCUUUUCCUCAACGGGAGUGGACCUGAUCCUUAUCAUCGUGUCUUACGCAAUUAUUUCCAAGGCAGUUAUAGGACUGCAGUCAUCAGAAGCUCGCUCCAAGGCCUUCAGCACAUGCGUGGCGCACAUAUGCGUCAUCUCUCUGUUCUAUAUCCCGGCCUUCUUCUCCUUCAUCGCGCAUAGAGUGGGUCAAGGGAAGAUCCCACCGCAAGCUCAUAUACUGCUGGCCAACCUGUACAUCAUCGUUCCUCCAAUGAUGAACCCGAUAAUCUAUGGAGUCAGGACCCGAGAAAUAAGACACCGGCUGGUUUUUAUGAUGAGGAAGACGGUGAUUGGACCCAAGCUGGCCGGUUUUCUCUUCUCACGCACCUUCCAAUAA